AUGAAGGUGAAGGGCUUAGGUUCUCCUCCACCACCAUAUUCCUUUCCAUCUACUAGACUAUCGCCUGUUCCUGAUCCCUCAGGGCUGUCUCCUGCGCCAGAAGAGCGAAAACCAGACGACAUCAAAGCAAGCGAGGAAGGUGAUGAGUUUGAGAAAGAAGAAGAUAGCUGCGGGAUGAGUGGAUUGAAGAAAGCUGGGAUCGCCAUUGGAGCAAUACUUGGAGUAGGAGCGAUUGUAAUGGGAGCUAUUGUUUACAAGAAACGUAGAGAUAACUUAACCAGAGCUCGUUACACUUACUUCCAGGGAGAGUUUCUUUAA